AUGAGUACAAACGGUAGUCGUGCACAACUCAAAGCAUUCUACGAAUGUUCAUUUGAAGAUAAUUGUCAUCUACCAUUAAAACGUUUUCUUCAAAUUCAAACGGGCUUGAAAUUUGUUAAUUACAAUUACACAAAUUUAAUUCAACGACUUAAUAAAUUUUACAAUAAACCGAAAACGGAAGUGUUUACAUAUUUUCAUGCUGAUACACUUACAUCUACAUUGAAUGCAUAUUGUGGUGACAUGAAUCAAUUUGAUAAAGCUAGUUUGAAAACAGUUAAACCAAAAUGUUUGAACAAGAAAGAUAAAUUAAAGUCGAAGUCAAGUAACCUUGACGAGGAAACAAAAGCAACAGUGUACACAUGCAGUGGACCUCAAAAUAGUUAUUGUAACAAUGAGAAGAAAUUAAAGGAAUUUUUAAAUGAAGUUACAUUAACUGAUUAUAUUCAAAAGUUUUUUGGAUGGAAACAAAUGAAAACGUAG